AUGAACAAUCCUCGUCCAUCAUAACUUCCAGCCCAGAAGGCAACACCAUCAUAAUUACCACCUACUUCUUAAUAAUAGGUUCCAGAAACAUAUUAGGCAUAACCAAAUUGGGUUCCUGCAAGCUCAUAAAUUCAGCCAGGAGUUUUGAGCUAACCAAUUCCGCUUUAACAAACAGGAUUAAUUUAAAAUCCACAAUAUUUAUAGUAGCCAGUUUAUGCUUAAUAACAAUUGAUAUAAUCAAGUGCGCCAGUUGUCACAUAAGGAAAUGCAAUCAAGGGUGAAUCUCGUAUUGAAUAUAUUCCUUAUACAAAAGAAGUGACGGAGUAUGUAACAUAAGAGGUAGUCGAAUAUGUGCCAAGAGAGAGAAAAAUUACUGACUAUUAUGCAGUGGAAUAUGUGACUGAACACAUUCCUUAAGUAAUCUAAGAAAAAUACAUUGAGUACGUGCCAGUAGAAACAAUAAAAGAGAGAACAGAGUACCAAGCAGUGACAAAAUAAAGCGUGGUAUAAGCACCAAUCGAUUAUUAAUAAAUCCAGAAAACUCAAUAAUAUCAAGUAGCUGCCCCAAUUUAAUACGCCUAAACCUAUACACAACCAAUUCAAUAUGCUUAAACUACUGUAUAACCUAUUUAAUAUGCUUAAACAACUACCCAAUUUGUACCAACUACUUAGAGCCAAUAUGUGUCAGCUCCUGUAACAACUUCUUAAUUUGUUUCAUAACCUUAUCCAACUACUACAUAUGGAGCUCCCAUUACAAAUUAUGGUUAGUUGACUUAGAAUACAGCUUAUUUACCAGCAGCAACAUAUGCCCAACCUGGAAUUGGGUAGGUGACAACAACUACACAGUAGUAUUCAACUGGAUGGCAAUAAGUAUAUCCAGCAUCAACAGGAAAUUUUUAGCCUUAAUUGCAAUAGUAAUAAGUAGGUCAACUUCAAAUACAAGGAUAGAGUCCUAAGUACGCAUGAUGAUAUUAUAAAUAAGGAAUUAUUCAAUUGUUACAAUAAUUAUUCUUAAAGGUUAUA